AUGAGGUCCAAGUUCAAGGACGAGCACCCCUUCGAGAAGCGCAAGGCAGAGGCAGAGCGCAUCAGGCAGAAGUACCCCGAUAGGAUACCUGUCAUCUGCGAGAAGGCAGACAAGACGGACAUCCCGACAAUAGACAAGAAGAAGUAUCUGGUCCCAUCAGACCUCACUGUCGGGCAGUUCGUGUAUGUCAUCCGGAAGCGCAUCAAGCUGGCGCCCGAGAAGGCCAUCUUCAUCUUCGUCGAUGAGGUGCUCCCACCAACUGCAGCACUGAUGAGCGCAAUCUACGAGGAGCACAAGGACGAGGACGGGUUCUUAUACGUCAGCUACUCAGGAGAGAACACAUUCGGAUCGCGAUGA